AUGGAAGGCUUCCCCAACGCGAGCGUGUUCGAUCAGGACUUUUACAACAGCACGAACUUCAGCACCGUGGAGACGGCCGUGGCGGCGGCGAUCCCGCUGGAUGUGGGUCCGCAGAUCCCCCGGAUCACCACGGGUCUGCACGCCGCGUCCCUCGCACUGGUGCUAGCUUGCGCCCCCAUCGCCAGUGCCAUCGUUCUCGUCAUCCUCUUCCGCAAACCUCAGCUGCUGACCAUCAGUAACAGGUUCGUCUGCAACCUCCUAGUCGUGGACUUGUUCCAGUCGCUACUGGUGGUUCCCUUCGCCCUGGUGAGCACCAUAGCUCAGGACUGGAUCUUCGCCGACGCCUUCUGCAAAGUCACGGCGAUCCUGCUGCACCUGUUCCUGCACGUCGCCGUCAUCACCGUGGUCAUCAUCUCGGUGGACCGCUACCUGGCCAUCCUGCACCCGCUGUCCUACAACGACCGCAUGACCCCGAACACGUCCAUGUACCUGAUCGGCUUCGCCUGGGUGCUGGGAGCCGUGCAGAGCACGCCGCCGCUGUACAAGGUGGGCAGCUUCGGCUUCGACCCGGACCAGCUGACCUGCACGGUCCUGUGGACGAACACGAACAGUUUCCCCUACGCCAUCUACCAUUCACUAGCUGCCUUCUGGUGCCCGCUGGUCAUCAUGGGCCUGGGGUACUGGCAGGUGUUCCUGGCCGCCAGGAAGCAGCACAAGCUCAUCUACCCCUCCGUGAAGAGACGGACUCUGCACAAGGGGAUCGUGGAGGCCGCGGUGUCGUGUGCCGUGCUCCCCGGACCCCCGGCCCACAACCCGUCCCUGGCGACCGCCCGCUCCCGGUCCCUGGACGACCUGCGCCGACCCCGCCGAACCUUCCGCAUGGCGUCCCGCCGCAUCAAGAGGAUGCAGAAGGACUGUAAGGGCAAAAUCGUCUUCAUCGUGAUGGCGACGCACCUGCUCAGCAUAGGGCCACACACGGCCCUGGUGCUGGUCAAGGCCACCAGCCCGGACAUCCCCGUCCCGGCCUACGCGGGGGCGCUGGUCAUCUGCCUGUACUUUCUGCAGACCUGCCUGCACCCCUGUGUGUACGCCUACGUGCACCGCUCCAUCAGGAGGGAGGUGGCCCUGCUACUGUGCCGCAGUCACUCCGCACAGGUGGUGCCGUGGGACGAUAACAUCAACAUCAACGGCCAGACGUCCAACAACGCCGGGGGCCAGGUCCGCCGCUGCCUCAGCCUGACGGAGAACAUGACCUACACGGCCCCGCCCACCCUGCCGGGGGAGACGUUCGUCCGACACUCGGGGCCGCUGCCGACCCUGACCGAGACUACCACGGACGUGGACCUGGGGCACGCCGUCAGGAAGGUCAUCGUCGUGUCCUCAACGGCGUCCCUGUGAGGAUGGGGUACUCUCAAGAGCAGACGUGAGGUGCUUUUGUAGCUUUUUCGGGCGUAAGAUUUUUGGACUGGAAACCAAGGGUGAUGGACACUCACAUGAGACACUGGACGGACACAAUUGGGGACACUGCAGACUAAA